AUGGCCGGGAGCGAUUUAAGUAUAACUGAUCUGGAGGAAACCUUCAAUAGAGCUGCCAAAUAUCUGCAAACAUUGGUAUCAGAAUUAGACUCGGGUCAAUUACUUGGAUUUUAUGGUCUAUAUAAACAAGCAACUAUGGGUCCCUGUGACAUACCAAGGCCCAAUUGGUAUCAGGUGCAAGCUAAACACAAAUGGGAAGCAUGGAAAAAUCUCGGGGAUAUGAAUCGUGAAACCGCGAUGGCUAACUACAUCCAUGCCAUUGCGAAGAUAAAUCCGUCAUGGGAGGAAGAGGCGACAGCCGAAUCUGCAGGAUGGACUUCCGUUAGCAAGUUAUCUAAUACGGAUGCAGAAUUGAGAGAUACUGAUAAGACGUUUUUGGAUUGGGUCAAGGAAGGCAACGAGAUGAAGGUGCGAGAGAUAUUGAACAGUGAACCCACGCUCGUAAACACACUAGAUGAAGAUGGUUUGUUACCUAUACACUGGGCCGCGGAUCGCGGUCAUGUAGGAAUCGUAGAAUACUUGAUUGGACAUGGUGCAAAUGUCAAUUCACAAGAUCGAGAUGGACAAACGCCCCUUCACUAUGCGGCAAGUUGCGGUCAUGCGGAAGCGGUGAAGUAUUUACUUUCGAGUGGAGCUCAAACUAUAGCGGAUAACGAUGGUAUGACACCUAAAGACGUCGCCGAUGAGCAUCUUGUAGCUCUUUUAUAAUACUAUACUAAUGUAUACAUACUAUACUAGUGUAUUCUAGUAUAUAUGCUCUAUAUAAUAACACAAUUGUUAUUAUGUUUGCAUAUAUUAAUAAAUCCAGUGGAUUGAUAAUGUAGAAGUGCUUUAAUUUAUUCGCCGCGUUCUAAUAGAGAGUAAAUCUUUAUUUAUGUACAAAUAACUCCUCUAAUAAUCCAUUACAUUCACAGCCUAAGCACACCUUGGGUAAAUGCGUGAUUUGUCAUUGGCUAGAUUUUUAUAAAUUUAACUCACUUAAUUAAUAUUAUGAACAAUACAAAAUAAUUUCGAAAUAAUUCCAUAUUUUUAAAGCGUUCACGAAAAUUUGUAGAAAUGCAAAUCUAGCAUUCUUCUUCAACAGAACAAAGUACAAUAAACUCGAGAUCUUUUAGGCACAUUACGAAUUGUAUUUGAAUCUAUGAAAUAGUGCAGUGAAAAUUUCUGAGAAAUGAAAUUUAGACAAUUUUAUAUUACUUAAUUGUAAAUUAUAAAGUUCACAUAUAUAUUUUGGAAAAGAGAGAAAA